CAAUUGCUCUUGCUAGCUAGCUUGCACUAAAGAAAGUAGAAGAAAUAAAAAUGGCAGAAAUUACACCAGGCUUUAGGUUCUAUCCGACUGAAGAAGAGUUGGUUUCCUUCUAUCUUCAUAACAAGCUUGAAGGCACUCGACAAGAUAUCAAUUGUGUUAUUCCCAUGAUCAACAUCUUUGAUCUUGAGCCUUGGCACCUCCCAAAGGUUUCGGGAGAGCUAUGUGUGGGAGAGACUGAGCAAUGGUUUUUCUUUGUGCCGAGACAAGAGAGAGAGGCGCGGGGAGGGAGGCCGUGCCGGACGACGGUCGCCGGGUACUGGAAGGCCACCGGGUCCCCAAGCUACGUCUACUCAUCGGAUAACAGGGUGAUUGGGAUGAAGAAAAGCAUGGUGUUUUACAAGGGGAAGUCCCCUUGUGGGAGAAAGACAAAAUGGAAGAUGAAUGAGUAUAGGGCAAUUGAAGAACAACUCCCCUCCCACCUCCACCCUUCAUAUUCUUCUUCCCUCCCUUUUCCAAAGUUAAGGCAUGAAAUGACCCUGUGCCGGGUCUAUGUGAUAUUAAGGAAUUUUGGGUCGUUUGAUCGAAGACCAAUAGGAAACAUGGCGAACAGCAGUUACAGAACAAGUCAAGAACACGGUGUAAACUCCCAAGAGGUGAAAAUGAUACCCAUGGAGGCCAUUAAGUGCUCUCAAAGUUCAGUGCUGCAGGGAGAAGAAGAAGAAGAAGACGACUUUGAUGAUGGUAUGAAUGUUUACACAACAACUGGCCUGACGAGGAUGGUCAAGAGUCCUGAACCAUUUUCUGGCUUGGACAGACUUAUUAAUUUCCAACUUUCCAAUUGGAAUGAAUGAUGAUAUAUGAUGAAUGUAGCAUGACAGACAGACAGACAGUACGUUAGUUGUUGGAAAUUAAUGGUACGUAGAAUUCCAACCAUUUCUGUAACUAGUUUGGAUAUUUUAAUGCGGUGAGAUUAGCAAGCAUGCGGUGUCAUCGCUAACGAAAUAAUGUAAUUUGUCAUCAAAUUAUACUAUACAGUAAACUCCUUGGAGUUAAGGACACUAUCUCUUAA